UACUCGCACUAAGCACUUCCCAUAUACUAUAGAGAUGCCAGGCUCAGCCACGCACAGGAUCGCAGUUCUCCCCGGAGACGGCGUAGGUCCAGAGAUUUGCGACCGAGCUAUCGAUGUACUCGGCAAGAUCACUGAGCUGUACGGCCACAGUUUUGAGUUCACACACGCGGAUGUUGGAGGCAUCGCAUACGAGAAGCAUGGACAGCACCUGCCCGAAGCCACACUAGAGCUAUGCCGGAACAGUUCGGCUAUCCUUUUUGGAUGUGUUGGAGGACCAGUGGAUCAACAGCAUGUUCCAAAGUGGAAGGAUGCCGAGAAAAUCGCCCUUUUGGGCCUGAGAAAAGCCUUCAAUUUGGCCGUCAACCUGCGACCCGCUGCUGUGUACCCUUUCUUGAGCAACCUGUCACCACUCAAAGACUCGAUUGUGAACAAGGGUAUUGAUGUAGUGAUCGUGCGAGAGCUAGUCUCUGGUAUCUACUUCGGUGAUCACAGCACAGCCGAAGACGGCAAAAGUGCUGUAGAUGUCAUGUCUUAUUCCUGGGACGAGGUCGUUACCCCAGUGCGAUUCGCCUUCGAGAGUGCCAUGCUUCGCAAGAAAAACCUUACUGUAGUAGACAAAGCCAAUGUCCUGGACACAAGUCGUCUGUGGCGAAAGGUUGCUCUGGAUCUAGCAAAGCAAUAUCCCGAAGUGACAGUCAACUUCAUGUAUAUCGACAACGCUGUAAUGCAGAUCAUUAAAGACCCCUCUCAGUUCGAUGUGGUGGUGACUGGUAACAUGUUUGGCGAUAUCCUGAGUGACGCUGCUAGCGUGCUACCUGGAUCACUGGGUCUGAUGCCUUCAGCGUCCCUUUCCACUGUUGAAGGGGAGAAUACGAUUCACAUGUAUGAGCCCAUCCACGGAACGGCACCCGAUAUCGCUGGCAAGAAUUUGGUGAACCCUAUUGCACAGAUCCUAUCCGCGGCGAUGAUGUUGAGGUAUUCAUACAAUCUAGAAGCCGAAGCGAGAUGCAUCGAGAAAGCCGUCGAGAAAGUUCUAGCCGACGGCGGUCGAACGGGAGAUCUUCUAGGUGGCGUGAAAGGACAGUCUUCUAUGUCUUGCACAGAAAUGAGUGCUGCUAUCAUCGCUGCUAUGGAAAAAUAAAUAGUUUCCAUCGGACAAGGAUCAAAUUGGGGCGUACACUGAUUUCUAAAGUUGUAUAUGGUUUGUUGAUACGCUGUCCACAAAUGAGGGUGAUCAGAUUUUUCACCAUGACUGAUGGGUUCUAGUGUGUGCCUUAGUUACAUAAAUUCUGUGUAGAAUAAAAUUUGAUCACCAAGGUUUCCAAAUGACUUAGG